CCCAAGAUGGCGCCGCCGGAAGUGGCGCUGAGGCAGGUUCCGGUGGCGGCAGCAGCCAUGGUGGCGACGCGGCUGGAGCUGAACCUGGUGCGGCUGCUGAGCCGGUGCGAGGCGCUGGCGGCGGAGCGGCGGGACCCCGAGGAGUGGCGGCUGGAGAAGUAUGUGGCUGCUCUGGAAGAUAUGCUGCGAGAGCUGAAGAAGCAGGCGAGUAGCAAGCCAGCCCCGGAGCUGCUGAACGAAUACUCUCGCAAAGUGGACUUCCUGAAGGGGCUUUUAGAAGCUGAGAAAUUGUCUUCAUCGACUGAAAAGGCUCUGGCAAAUCAGUUGCUGGCCCCGGGCCGUACCCCUACGACAGCCAAAGAGAGAACCUCAGCUACCAGAACGGUUCACCUGCAGGCCAAGGCUCGCUGCACAGGCAAGAUGAGGAGCGAGCUGCUCGGCACAGACCCCUUGGCUCUCAAUGAUUUUGAGGAGUUAACCGCGAGGAAGCGGAAAGGCCUCGCAGCUGAUGAGAAGCAGUCAGCGGUGGAGCUGGACGCUGUGUUGCAGCACCACCAGGACAUGCAGGAGAAGUUAGCUGAAGAAAUGCUAGGUCUGGCUCGCAGCCUCAAGAACAACACUCUGGCUGCACAGAAUGUGAUCAAACAAGACAACCAGACGCUGUCUCACUCUCUUAGGAUGGCAGACCAGAACUUUGAGAAGCUCAAGGAUGAGUCUGACCGCCUGGAGCAGCACGCCAAGAAGUCAGUCAACUGGCUGCUCUGGAUAAUGCUGAUCGUGGUUUGUUUUAUAUUCAUCAGCAUGAUUCUCUUCAUCAGGAUUUUCCCCAAACUAAAAUGAUUCCUUCAUUUAAAACUGCCAGAAGUGUAGUUCUUAAGCUCAGCUGGUGCAAGAACCCUCAACAGUGAAUUUCUUCACCUCCUGUAGAGGCUGCCCAUGGCCUGCCUUGCAUCCCUCUUGUUCAAUCACUGGUUCCAGUGAGAAGGGUCAUGAGGGAGGCUGUCUGCACUUGGCUACUUCAUUACUCUUUACUCAGUGAAUGUUGUUGACUGUUAAGGGAGAACUGGGAUCCAAAUGCAACUGCUCACAAGUUCCACAGUGGCUAGAGACAGUGCUGGUUCUGCUGGGGUGAGUGUUAGGACUUCUAAAAGGCAUUUCUCAGUGCAAAUGUAAGUGCAGGUGAAGUCUUAACAGUCUGCCUGUCCUUACAGCUGUACUGAGUGAGGAACCUUGCUGCCAGCAGGACACUGAAUUGCAGAGCUGUGUACACACACACAGCUGUAGGGUGUAGAAGAAUGCUGCCUUUGAGUUGCUUGCCUGGCUCAGGUUCAGGCAGUAUCAGCAGGUAAUGCUGCUCUCAGGCUCACCUUUUUCCCCAGUCCUCACUUCAGACCCACUAUGGCAGAGCAGAAGUCACUUGGCUGUUGCAAUUCUUGUUGCCCUUUCUGUGUUGUGUGUUCUCUCUUACUCAUUGUCUCUUCUCUUGGUGCUCUUGCAUCAGGAAACACUGUGGCCCUGGCACAGCAGAGCUGUGCACACAGUGCCCUCCAAGUGAUGGACAGUUCGCCUGUACAGACACUUUCCCACUCUUCAGAUGGGGGUGAAGGAGGCUGCUGUUGUGAAGACAAGUCCUCCAAAUUCAGCCUUCAGCUUUAGAGAGAGGUUCUUCUGGUCAGAGUGUGCCUGUCAGGCACUCAAGAAAUCACUGCAGUGAAGCAGAGAGAGAAACCAGAAUGAGUUUAGAAACACUGCUACUGCUCAGAACAAAGUAGAGCCUGCAGGGCAGCGAAGCUGUGACAGUGUAAAAGCCUUUUGUUGUUAUAAGCUCAAAGCAAAUCGCUGCAUCUGUGCUGCCAUCCCUGGGGUCCCCUUCUGGAGGUGGUGUAGGCAGAGUGGGCUCCAUGCUGUGCAGGGUGAGGCUCAGCAGAUGACCAUCGCUGCUCCUUGGCCGUUUCUGCUGCUGCAGCAGCCACUAGAAGGAUUGUGCAGGGCCUGCCUGAUGAUCCCACAGCAGCCCCGGUUAGGGGAAGGUGAGGGAAGAGCUGCUUGUCCCCACUCUUGAGUUCUGAUGGAAGAGUGCUGCUCUUCAUGCCCCCCAGGGUGGCAGGCUCUGCCUCAGAGCUGUUCCUCGGUUGCAGAAUGGGAAUGAAGAGAGUUUAACAUUUACCUGAAGGAUUUUUGAUCAGUGAGCAGAAGGGUUGCAGGUUGGUUUGCCGCUGACUCUGGAUCACCGAAGGAGUGACCCUGUGAAGGAGCUCUGCAGCUCCUCACCCCUGCUGCUUCUGCUCAAGCAAAGCACACAGGAAGGUGCAGUUGUAGCAAUCCACAGUUGGACACUUCUGCUUUCCCCAAAGCUUUUCUUCCACUGCGUUGUUCCUGGCUGCAGGCUUCCAGGGGGGCUGGGUGCUGUGUCACCUUGCAGGGGGGCUGGGUGCUGUGUCUCCUUGCAGGGGGGCUGGCUGCUGUGUCUCCUUGCAGGGGGGCUGGCUGCUGUGUCUCCUUGCAGGGGGGCUGGCUGCUGUGUCUCCUUGCAGGGGGGCUGGCUGCUGUGUCUCCUUGCAGGGGGGCUGGGUGCUGUGUCACCACAUGGGUUUUGAGUUCUAAUUGUUUAGUGGUUCCCCUGUAGUUUCCUCAGUGCUGAGCUCUUAGAGCAGAGGCUGGAUGUGGUGCUGGAGUGGUUUGUGUGAGAGCCAUGGUGGGAUGCUACAGCACAAAUUCCUCAGCUCCUCUAACUAACAUUUUCUCCUUUAUUACUUUAAAUAAAUUUUCUCACAGCUUGGAUGCAUCA